AUGAAGGCGGCAUCUGAGGAGAGGUUGCGGUUGAACAGUAUUAAGAAGUUGUCCACUAUUGCUCUGGCACUGGGUGUGGAAAGAACACGAACUGAACUACUGCCAUUCCUUACUGUAAUCUUGCACUUCUUCUCUCCUCAGCCUCCCCUGGAGAGUUUGGCCACAGUGGAGGAAACGGUUGUGCGGGACAAGGCCGUGGAGUCUCUGCGAAAGAUCUCUCAGGAACAUUCCCCCGUAGACCUAGAGGUGCAUUUUGUACCACUUGUGAAGCGUUUGGCCAGCGGGGACUGGUUCACCUCCCGAACGUCUGCGUGCGGACUGUUCAGCGUCUGCUACCCACGUGUGUCCAGUACAGUUAAAGCGGAAAUCCGUCAGCACUUCCGCACACUUUGCUCGGAUGACACUCCCAUGGUGCGUCGAGCUGCUGCCUCUAAGCUGGGCGAGUUUGCAAAGGUUCUGGAGCUGGACUAUGCUAAGAGUGACAUAAUUCCUCUCUUUACAGCACUAGCAUCUGAUGAGCAGGUACACUGGAACAGAUUUACAUAUAGAAAGACUGGUUAUUUGGGCUAUUGGUUGGUCAGUGACAUGGAGCUUGGUUUGUUUUGCUUGUGUGUUGUUUUUUUUUGUCUGGGUUUUCAAAAGAGAAGUUUCUCUGCAGUUUUCCACCAAAAUAAUAAAAGCUCUAUGGUUUAA